GACUUGAUCCCUGGACUCCAGGAUCACUCCCUGGGCUGAAGGCAGGUGCCAAACCACUGAGCAACCCAGGGAUCCCUAAAAAGACUUUCACCCUAUUACUUGCUUGUAUAACUGAAAAUGAGUUCACAUCUGGCUAGUUGAAGUCAUAACAGAACUAAGUCCUCUAUUCUGUUUGUUGCUAUUACACAAUGCAUGAAUAUGUGCUCAAUCUUGAAAGGCAGCAUUAAUCAGAAUAGUAAUUACCCUGAGAAAGCUAUAAAAACAAGAGUUCAUCUUUUUUUUUUUUAAUCAAGAAAUAGCACAACUCUCAGACAUUUUGAAGUCUACCUCAACAAUAUCAGCAAUGAAGAUACUUUGUAUUUUCCUGAUCUUUGUUCUCACUGUGUCUUGUGGUCCAUCAGUUUCACAGAAAAAAACAAAAGAAGAUGCAGGGAGAAAAAGAGAAUGUUACCUUGUUCGUGGAGCUUGCAAGUCUUCAUGCAACUCUUGGGAAUACAUAUAUAAUUACUGCAGUACUGAACCAUGCUGUGUUGUACGGGAAUACCAAAAGCCAGUCUCUAAAUCUAUCAAUUUUACAGGUGAUAUACUGUAA